GAGCUUUUUCACCCUUGGUUAGACAGACUCAAGGAAGUGUUACAAGAAGCAAAGAAAAACCUUGAAAAUGAUCCUUCAAACUGGAAAGAGUCGUUAGUGCUGAUGCAGCAAAAGAGUAAAGCGCAGAACUUUCAGAAAGAGCUCAAAGAUUACUCAGGUGCUGUCAGUAAAUACGGAAAAGCCAUAGAAAAGACAUUCAAGCAAGACCCAACGAUAGCAUCUGAUCCAACAGCAUUUUCUGGGAAAGAGCACGUAUUGGACCGUGCGGUCGCAUUGCAUUUCAUUCGGCAAGGCCAAUUUCAAUUGAGCGAAAGCUUUAUUAAGGAGGCUGGUAUGGCCAACGACGAAGAGAUUGGCUCAUCGGCAACGGAACUCAAGUUCAAAUUCAAGGAAAUGUAUGAUAUAAUUCAGGAGUUGGAGGAAGGAAAGACAGAAAGUGCAAUCAAGUGGGCAUCAGAGCAUCACGAGGAGUUGAAUAAGCGUGGAAGCAGCCUUGCAUUCCAGUUGCAUCGAUUGCGAUUUAUCAAGCUUCUCGAAUCCAGCAGUAUGGAAGCCUUGUACUAUGGACGCACCCAUUUUGACGAGUUUGCAGACCGGCAUUUGCCAGAAAUUCGGAGACUGAUGACUUCAUUAAUAUACCACAACAAGUUGUCUCAGUCACCGUAUGCAGAUUUAAUAUCAGAGCAGGAUUGGUCGGGCAUUCGAAACACAUUCCAACGUGAUUUUUGUGCCUUGUUGAAUAUGAGCGCGGAUAGUCCAUUGUACAUAAGUGUUUUAGUAGGGACAAUGGCGCUACCCACCAUCAUCAAGGUGGUCACCAUUAUGAACACAAGAAGGACAGAGUGGAGUCAGCAGGAUGAGCUUCCCGUCGAAAUUCCCCUGCCAGAUGAUUUACGAUUUCACUCUGUCUUUGCUUGUCCAGUUAGCAAGGAACAAGCUACAGCUUUGAAUCCUCCAAUGAUGAUGCCCUGUGGACAUGUUAUAUGUAAAGAAAGUUUGACCAGGCUAAGCAAAAGUAGCAGUGCAAGAUUUAAGUGUCCAUAUUGUCCUUCCGAAUCAAGCGCAGCGCAAGCUGUGCAAGUGUACUUUUAGAACAAUUCUCUCCUGUAGGAAGAAAUCCAGUAUAUAAAACCAUCAAUGUUCAAUAGGAAGUUUGAUAAGGUGCCAGCUAUCAGUACACAAGAG